AUGGCCGGCAGCAGCCCGAGCGGCGCCGCGCACCAGUCCAUCACCCGCUGGUGCGCGGGCGCGGGUCAGGCUGCCGAGGCGCCCGGCACGACGUGUGGCGGCCCCCGCAAGGGCCCGAGCACCCUGAGGAUUGCAGAUAAUUUCUGCGUGUGUGAAGGAUGCAGCGUCCCCCGCUGCCUGCUGUAUGAAAUGUAUAUAGAAAACUGCAGUCAGAAUGUCAAGAAUCAAGUAAAUCCAGCCACCUUUGGAAAGCUUGUUCGGUUAGUUUUCCCGGGUCUGGGGACAAGAAGGCUGGGCACAAGAGGGAGUGCUAGGUAUCAUUAUGAUGGAAUAUAUGUCAAGAAGAGUUCUUCCUUUUAUGCACGUUAUUGCUCUCUUCUGUCUGAAAAAAAAAAUCACAGGCCCCCGGCCGCCGGCGCCGCGGGAAGGGACCGCUCCGCGUGCCAGCCCGGCGCGUGCCUGGRCACUGGCGGAGAUGCCGGCAGUACUGGAGAUGCAGCUGGUUACAGGAGCAAUAGCCAAAACCAAGGAACAAACGAAGACGACAGCUUUGAAUACUCGUUGCCUGAAUUCAGGAGAUUCUAUUCCUGGGAGCAAGAGCUGGGGAAGAAACACCCCUAUGAGCUGGUUGCGCUGCUUGCAGAUGAGUAUUGCAGCUACUGUCAGGAUAUUUUACACAGUGUGAGAAGAGAAGAGCUUGACAAGGUUGAAGACUGUAUCAUGUCGUUCUGGAAGUCUCUGCAGCCUGAAGCAACAGCACUGAUGUCACUGCCAGAUGUGUGCCAGCUGUUCACAUGCUAUGAUAGGCAGCUAUUCAAGGAGAUGGAGAACCUUUUACUUAACGACUUCCUGGAGGAUGUGUCUAUCCAGUACUUGAAGUCGAUCCGAAUGUUCAGUAAAAACRUUAAAGUUUGGCUGCUGAAUGCUCUGCAAGAGUUUCCACUGCCGCUCCGAAAGUCCAAAUUUAAAGAGGUUACCGUGUUCGUAAAAAGACUCAGAAGAAAGACAUACCUUUCUAAUAUGGCUAAGACAAUGAGGAUAGUCUUGAACAACAACAGCAAAGUCACUGUGCUGAAGGCAGACUUGCAUGCUGUCAUCGACCAGGGAUUUGUGGAUAUUCAUGGAAACCCCUUUCAGAAGAAGUUUAAGGAUCCGGAUGAAGUGGAGAAUGACAUAGAGCUCAAAUGCUUGAAUGACUUAAUAGCUUUGCUGGACAAUUCCACGGAUAUUCGGAUUUUCCUGAACUGUUUGUCUUCCAAUCUCCAGGCUUUUGUCAUAGAGCCAAGCAAGAGUAAAGAGGAGYUGAGAAAAGUGGCAGCCAAUUUCCAGCUCAGAUGGAACUUCCUGUUAACGGGAGUAAGCAAAGCUAUGACACUCUGCCGCACAGUCAGUUUUGGAUCCUGGCAUUUGUUUCAUUUGCUGCUCUUGGAAUAUGUUGCUCACAUCUUCCAGUCCCAUCUAGAGGAGGAGGCAGAUGAAAAUCUCUGUGUCAUAGAGCAAAGCGACUCAACCAUUCUGUUGGUUCAUGAACCCGACCAUGUCUUGGACAGUUUUGCAGAGCAGCAGUUGGAAACCAAAGGCCCCCAGCCAACUGCGGUGACGUUGACGCCGAGCCAGAGCAAUGACACUUUAAGCAACAUUUUUUUCAGAGUUCUGAGCUGUUUGGUGGACGCAGACACAGGCAGCAAGCUCAUCCAGGUCAUGUUGGAAGACAGAAUUACYAAAACUUCUGUUAAGUUGGAUCUUCCAAUUGGAAAGGAAGCACUUGUUACUCUGAAAGAUGGACAGAAAUUCGUUAUUUGUGCCUCUGAUGCGCAGCAAAUCUCCACAGAAGACCAGUCUGACUUUUGAGUAUUAUUUUUGAGGAUAGGCGAUAUUUACUUUUUGAUACUAUUUUAUUUUUUUAAUUUUAAGUCUUUUUUUUCUGUAAAUACUAAAUUCAAAACUGUGCUAGUGAUUAUUGGGCAGAGUUUUAGGUUUUCAUGUGAAUUAGCUAUUUGACUUUAUCUGAAUAAAGCUUCAGAAUACAUAGUGGAAUACCUGUGUUUUAUCUGUCUCGUAUUCCUGCCAUCAGGAAAGCUGAAGGGCCUGCCUGAAGUCAUCAUGGUGAAUUUGUCUGGAAGCUGCUGCAUA